AGGAUAAGACUGACCGCAAUGUUAUCCUCUAUCCUAUUUUGGGGACUCGCGGCUCUCAUGGGCGCAGCCGAGGGCCUGUACUCCCUGACCCACUCCAUGAACCCUCACCUGCACCCGCGCCUGUACCACGGCUGCUAUGGGGACAUCCUGCACAUGGAGACAGCUGGUGCGCCCUGCGACAUCUCCCGGCUCUUCAACUGCGGGAUCCGUGGUUCGGAGAUGUUUGCGGAGAUGGAUCUGAGAGCGAUAAAGCCUUACCAGAAUCUGAUCAAAGAGGUUGGGCUGAGGUACUGCGUGGACCCUGCUCUGGUGGCUGCCAUCAUCUCCAGGGAGAGCCAUGGUGGAACCGUUCUGCAAGACGGCUGGGACCACACGGGAGCCAAAUUCGGCCUGAUGCAGCUGGAUAAGCAAGUGUAUAAACCUGUUGGUGCCUGGGACAGCAAAGAACACCUUCUACAGGGUGUUGGGAUUCUAACAAACAAUAUUAAGGCGAUCCAGAAAAAAUUUCCCACCUGGAAUGUAACUCAGCACCUCAAAGGCGGCCUCUCAGCCUUUAAGUCAGGAGCCGACACCAUUGACUCACCCAUGGACAUAGACAAUGACUUAACCAAUGAUCUUCUUGCCCGAGCUAAAUUCUAUAAAAGACACGGCUUUUAG